CUCCAUAUAUUGUUCUCCAGUAACUUACUUGCCUUCCCCAAAAAAUAAUAUUGCAAUGUCGGCGAAGAAAUUGACGGAUUACGAACGGCGGAGGAUUGAGAAUAUAAAACGCAAUGAAGAAUUGCUUGCCUCCCUUCAGAUUCAGUCACGAAUUUCUCAACUUUCUUCUGAAACAAAGCGUCCAAGAGCUCAAGGCAAAUCACAUCAGCGAAGUACACAGAAGAAACAAAAGUCUAACUCACCGAUUGUGCUGCGGCGGUCUCUCAGGAGUCAAGGUAUUCCACCGGAUUCCUCUGCCGCCGGUGGGCCAAAAGAGAAUAUUGAUGACAACUCACAACCUACUGACAAAAACUCACCUUCAGAACCUAUUCCCAUAAGUAUGAGUGAUGCGUAUGAUGGCGAUUUUGAUAUCCCAAAUAAGAAAUUCAUUGAAACAAUUAAGGGUUUUGACGACGAGAACAUGGAUAAAAAUUCUGUUUUAGGUGACAGGAUAGGGAAAAAAAAGGCUUCUGGUAUAGUUAAUUUGGAAUCGUUGAGGUUGGAACCAGACAACAUAGCACGGGUUGUGCCAGGAAGAAUAUUAAAUGUGCGUUUUUUUCCCACCAACAAUGUUCGAAUGGUUGCUGUAGGGAACAAAUAUGGCAAUAUAGGUUUCUGGAAUGUUGAUGCUCCACAGGAGGAUGGAGAUGUGAUUUUUUUGUACCGUCCUCAUUCGGGGCCAGUUUCAGGAAUACUUGUGGAACCUUUUUCUGUGUCAAAGAUGAUCACUUCUUGCUAUGAUGGAUUAAUCAGGGUAAUGGACAUUGAAAAGGAAAUGUUUGAUUUGGCAUAUAUGAGUGAACAUCCCAUAUUUUCCAUAUCACAGAGAUCGCAUGAUGUGAAGUCCAUAUAUUAUGGUGAAGGCAAGGGGGAACUUGGUAUUUGGGAUCUAAGGGCAGGAAAAUCUUCAGCAUUGUGGAAUUUGCAUGAAGAUAGGAUCAACACAAUAGAUUUUACCUCUGAGAACUGUAAUAUUAUGGCUACUAGUUCUACAGAUGGUAGUGCAUGCAUUUGGGAUUUGAGAAAAGUUGGUGCACAUAAACCAAAAUCUUUACAAACUGUCUUCCACAAAAGAGCAGUACACUCGGCUUACUUUUCACCUUCAGGAAGGCGUCUUGCCACAACAAGUAUUGAUAAUAAUGUUGGUGUGUUGAGUGGCGCUAAUUAUGAAGAUACAUCUAUGAUCUCCCAUACUAAUCACACAAACAGAUGGAUUUCCUCGUUCAGAGGAAUAUGGGGUUGGGAUGAUUCCUACAUCUACAUUGGUAAUAUGCAAAGAGGAGUUGAUGCAAUCUCAGUACCUGACAAGAAACUUCAUUUUACCUUAAGAAGCAAGCACAUGACUGCUAUUCCAUGCCGUUUUGAUGCACAUCGCAAAGAAGUUGGAAUGCUUGCAGGGGCUACAAGUGGUGGGCAGGUAUAUAUCUGGACAGCAUCUUAAGUUGGUGCCAAUAGAUCCUCUCCAAAUGUGAUCAUGGAGGCAGAGCUGCAUUUUCCCGUCUGGCUAAUGUUUUUGUGGAAGGACAAGAAAUGAUUUACCUAUAGGUUUUUGUGGAAUCUUUUUGUUGUUCACUGCUUAAUAACUGUUAGUUAUGUAACUUAAGCAGUUUUUAGUCUAAUCUAUUGACCAAAUGUCAUAGUUUCUUGGUUUGCAAUUACCUGGUGUUUCCAAGACUAUCUUUAAAGCUAAAUAUUCAGUACCACUUGCCUAAAACCCUUGUGUUGAAUGUUCGGACUCCGAAACCCUUUUACACAUCGUAUAUGUUAUCGGAAGGCUUUUAUCAGUUGA